GCCAUUUUGGUUCCAUUUGCCUCUGCGAUCACCCUGUUUCUGUCAUUACCACCUUCAUCCCAGACAAGUCGGCGGUCCUCAACUUGCACCCAGGCCCUUUUUCCGACCAGCACUCUACUGAUACUGGUUGGCCUGUAUUCAUACACAUAGAAGUCUGGCAAAAUUUAGACUCAUUCAACCCAACGAGGCUUGUGAUCUAGUCGUUGAAGGCGCUUGUCGUUCAACACCAUGGCGCGCAUCAAGCGUAGCCCACAUAAAAGGGUGGCGGCGCUGCCGGCAGCCGUCAGUGCGUAUAUCUCCACCCUCGCGGAGGCCCCUGAGGCGGAUAUUCCACGUCAUGUGAACGAAGUCGAAGUCUGGCCGUUUCCAAAGACGGAUUUUCAUCAUUGGAUCCCCGUUCUCAAUCGGUUCGACUCGAUUUUGGAAACUCUGAAUGACCAGUAUGAUAUGAAACAUAUGCAAAGCAAACCCUUCACGGCGGAACACAAAAUCCUACUACUCGCAAUAUUGAACUUUACAACAAGCCUCUGGAAGCAUUGUACAAACCGGAGUUUAUACAACUCUUACGAGCAUCUCAGCGAGCUGAUCUACACUGGAGAUUUGGAUGUGCUGUUGGCAACCGUCAAACUGGUGUACCGACCCGCGCAGCGAUUGGGAAGUCAACGAUCCCUGAGAAACACACUGGGCACCGCCCAAGAACGGAUCAAUGUUUUGGCGCAGCAUUGGGGAACAAAGCAGCUCGGAUUGGAUCUCGAACAGCUGGCGCAAGACAUCGACAUCCCGGCGGAAUGCAAAGCAUUGAAUUUUCAAUUUUACCGAACAGCUGCGAGUACCGACACCACGGCUGCGGCGGACAAUCGGCUGGCUACAACGCUUGCGCUCAAGCCCCCACGCACGCCUAAGCCUGCAGGGGAGGCUUCGGUAGAGAAGCAGACGGAUGGUCUCGUUGUCAUCAAUGUUCCGGACGUGGCUGGGGCGGGCAAAACGGAUCGGGAGCUCUUCAUGGAAUUGGCGGAGCAAUAUCGAGUGCCUGAGGAGCAUAAGUUCUCUUUGCUUCAAAAGAUUCGACUGGCGAUGGCCAUGGGCGACUUGCACAGCCGUCGGAAGAUGUUGACUAUCCGAAUUCUCGCCGUCGCGGUGCUGGUCAUACUGGGCAGUGAAGACACGAUUCAGAGCAAAUUGUUCACUUUUGAACCGGACCUCAUACAAAGACUGGCAGACAUGUUGCAAAAGGACCUGGGCUCAACGUCUGAGGUUCAGGAAUUGCAAGCAGCAUCUUUGUACGCAUUGGAUAGCUUGGCACACCACCGCGCGCGCUUGAGCGAGAUACUCACCGCUGUGAACGCGUCGGCAAACCACGGCAUUCUCAUGUUCGUACUCCGGAAAGUUAUUACUUCCUUGGAUGCACCUGUUUCAGAUUAUACGCAGGAGUACAUAGAUGCGUUGUUCGGCUUUGUAGCAUACAUCGCGUCGACACAAUCCGGAGGGAACAUGAUUAUUACUGCGGGAAUAUUGCCCGUUCUUGUGCAGUUAAUGAUGAACACUCGACAGGAGCAUAUAAAGUCUGUCACGAAAUGCGUCCUGUUGCUCGACAGUCUCGUCUUUGGCUUCAGUCCGUCAUUUGCCGCAUUCGCUGCAGCCAAUGGCUUGGAAAAUCUGGUUCAAAGGAUCCAAGACGAAAUCGGCAUAUGCAUAAGCUUGGCACCGAGUGAUCCGAUGAGUAUCGUCGAAGAUUCAGGCGCGCAGAGCGCACCAGCGGGCACAGAUUUGCCUCACGAGCGGACGUCUUUGCUGCGUGCGUUGUUGAAAUUCGUGUUGCACAUGAUGCAGACGUCGGGGACCGCAGACCGCAUGCGGAACUUGAUCGAGACCACAUUACCCAGCUCGUUGCUCACGAUAUUUGAGCAAACCAAACUUUUUGGGGCUAGCGUCUUCGGUCUAGCUGUGAACAUUAUGUCGACCUUUAUCCACAAUGAACCGACGUGUUUGUCGAUCUUGCAAGAAGCGAAACUACCUGAAGCUCUUCUUCAUGCGGUGUCGAAGGACAUACCGGUUUCGGCGGAAGUGAUAUCGGCUUUACCAAAUGCUUUUGGCGCAAUAUGCCUGAAUCAAGCCGGAUUGGAUCAGUUCAACGAGGCAAAGCCGAUCGAGAAGUUCCUUCAGGUCUUCACUUCCGAGGAGCACUUGCGAACCUUACAAGACAAUGAUGUCCCGCAUCUUGUCGGAAAUUCCAUGGACGAGCUGAUCCGUCACCAUCCCAGCUUGAAGGAGUAUGUCUUGUCGUCCAUCAUCGGAAUGCUGAAGCGGGUGGUGGAGAUGGGAGAGGACGCUACACCCGACGACCAAGAAACGUCGACCUUACGCACCGUUAAGAUGACGUCAAAUGCCUCGAAGACGGAUGACAAUGCGGAAGAUGAGAAGAAGGAACCGCGCAUCGCGCAAUUUAUUCAUCUGGUUGCCAGGUUUUUGGAAGGGCUCUUCCAAAAUGUAGCGCACUGCAAAGAUUUCAUCAAAAUGGACGGCGUACAGAUCCUAUUGAAGUGCUACACCCUUCCGACCUUGCCAUACGAUUUCUCCUCUUCGGCGUCGUCGUAUUCGCUGUCGUACCUGUUCCGCGUCUUGAUCGAAGUCAACUCGCAGCCGGUUGUUACUCAUAUGCAUGCUGAGAUUGAUCAAGCACUGAAGGACGCUGAAUCUUUCAUCAACCACGAAGGGGAUGAAGGAAUCAUCAUCCACUACAUUGAUAUUCGAGACGAUGACAUCGAUCGCAAGGAGAAGGGUCAAAAGAUCCUCCGCACAUUGAUCAUCCUGCAGGGUUUCAUCCGACUCAUUUCCGACAUCUACUGCACGCAUAUCUUGACGCAUAGCAAGAGCGUCUCGGGAUUGAUUCAGACUUUCUCCGGAGAGAUUGGAUCGAAAUUGAUCAAAGCUUUCGGAGCUCUCUAUCGCACAUGUCUUUGGGAGAAUCUUCUUCUAAAAGAAAAAGUGCCGAAGCCUUGGUAUCAGUCCGCCUCGAAAAAGCACGAAAGAUCUAGCAUUACCCGCGGGUCGAUGGCGAGCUCACUGCUUGACGUUGACGUGCUGGACUCAGUCUUGGACGCCAAUACGACUGGAGUCCCUGCGUCGAAUGAGGAGGGGGCGUCGGCGGAGGUUUCGGACUCGAAGGACCCCAGAGUCAAGAACACUCGAUACUUCAAGCACCUUCUGUCGCAAAUUCCCACAGUACUCACUCCACUGUUGCAAGGCAUCUUGAAGUUGCUUACCGCACGGCGUAUCACGGAGUCCUCAAAUCGGAAGACGAGUCAAGUGGUUAUCGACGGUAUUGCAUCUCUCCUGCGUGAUCACCUCAUGUGGGACCGUCCAAUGCGCACUACUUCUAUCAACAAGUACAACUACCUUUCUGUCGUUCUUGGCUUCAUGUCGGUUCUAUUUGUAGAGGAACGCACUUCUAUGGCAUUGAAUACGAACUUGGUUGUUGCAUUCCACAAAUCGGGCGGCACCAAAUGCGUCCUCGAGGUGUUUGAGAGUUUGUGGGAUAGAGCUACCGAGCUCAGUGGAUCUGGACAAAACAGCCUCAGUGAAGACGACAAGGCAGUUUUGGCGAGAAUCCACGGCGCAAUCGAGAUUUCUUUGAGCGUUCUGCAGACACUCGCCAAUGGAAAGCUGGUUCACGAGUCGCCUCUGACGGCCAAUCUGAGCAGCCGUGAAAGGGACAAGGCAUCGCCCGACUACUUCGAUCCACACGACUAUCUGGUGGAUGUCCGUACCCAAAUGGCGCCACUGGUUCUUCGCGUAUGGCGCAGCAGUUACCUCGACCGCGCACCCGCCAACAUUGUCAAGGGCGCUCUAAUCAUCGUGACGCACAUCGUUAAGGGAGAAGGAGAAACUAGCACGAAGACCGAUGCGUCCGGGUCGCCAGCAUUUCCCUUACUCGCGUCCAGCAUUUUCAGCCGGCUGCCUCAGCCGGUUGCCGUUGACGAAGACAAGGUUCAGCAGUUGGUGGACAUGGGUUUCCCUAGGGCCGCUGCCGAAACAGCGCUGACUCGAUGCGGAAAUCAUGUUGCACGGGCAGCCGAGUAUCUGUUGACUCAUCCAAGUGUUGUUGCUGCUGCAACCUACAACUCAGCUCGAAGCAAUGCCAACGGGACGGGAGCGGCGGGGUCAAGCGAGACACCUGCAGCGCCGUCAUCUUCGAUUGCAGCACAGACAACCGAAGCCUGUGCUAAUGCCGAUCAUUCUGGAGCGGAUGCUGCUGCGACACAAUCCGAGGCCGUUCCGAUGGACACGGAAAGCGGCGCUGAAGCAGAAGAUCUGGAUGAACUAGCUGCAGCGUUGGCUAUGUCAAUUGAGCAGCCUGUACAGAGCAUAUCUGGUGAAGCUGCCGCGACGGAGGGUGCUGGUGAUGCAAUCGCCAUGGAGGUUGAUCCUCCAGCAGAGCCUGCAGUUACGGAAGACAAAGGCAAAGGAAAAGCCCCGGAUAUCAACAUCUUGGAAGCGGCUCGUCACGAUCUGAAAGAGGAAAUUCCCAUUCGAUGCCUGCAGUUACUCGACAACGUCGAGGAUGUCAUCUUCCAAGUCAAAGAAUUGAUCUGCUUGGUUGGAGCCGCAGACAUCCCCAAGACCAUCGAUCUUCUUGUUACCGACAUCGAAAAGCACCGUGAGGCUGCUUCAGUCGCUGGGAAGUCCUUAGCUGUUCGAUUACGGUUGUUCGCCUUGGUUGUCAGUGAUAGCACUUGGCAGAAAGUAGCUAUCGAGUCGUGUCCUCGCCUUUUGGACAGUCUCUUGAAGAUGACCAAGUCGGAUGGCACAAAUUCGCCCUGGUUGCCCUCUGUUCUGCUCGUCUUGGAAUCCUACAUUUCUCUGUCUGACGAGCCGAAACCUGCAGACGCGAAAGGCAAAAGUACAGCGGAGAGUUCUGCGGGAAGUCCUCACCGACCGCUAAAUGCGGUGGAGAGGAUGGAGCUGUUGACAACACUAGUGUCUCUCAUGCGGUUGGAGAACGUGGAUAAAGAAAUGCUUCAUGCGGUGUUGCGUUUGACUGUUCGACUUACACGCUUCCAUGGACUGGCCGUUGAAUUCGCCCGCUUGGAAGGAAUCCCUUUGCUUUUCGAACAAUCCCGAAUCGGCUUGUUCCAAGCUCAGCCUGCUAUGACUGUCAUGAUCCUCCGUCACGUCAUUGAGGACUUCAAUGUUUUGAAAUCGACAAUGGAAAGGGAAAUCGCAAACUGGUUCAAUUUCCCACGCCAAAGAAUGAUGGACAUCAGCAGCUUCGUCAAGAACAACAGCCAUUUAGUCAGCCGCGAUUUACAGGCCUUCAUAUCAGCAGUAGCUGAUACAUGCUUCCUGCCACGGUUUGAUCCUGCAUCGAAGACGUCUGUCAUAACCCUCAAGCCGAAAGAAGAGGAGAAAACCGAUGUCUCCCCUCCGGAGGAAAUCACUCUCGAAGGCGUGGAGAAACCGUCGGAGCCACAGCCGAUGGACAUCGAAGGCCCAGCAGCAGUUGACCCUAACGCCUCGAUGACCAGUGCGCCAACCAUUGAGCAAUUGAAGAGUCUAUAUUUGUCGGAUGUUUCCGAGACGGUAGUGCAGUACUUGGUCAAUGAAGUGCUAGCUCUCAAACAUACUUCCGCUGGGAGCCCCACGCUGCAGACCCUACCGUCAGGUUCUGGAAGCGACGCGAAACAUGCGGAGGACAAGACUGCUUCCAGCAGCACUGACGGGUCCAUCUCCCCAGAAAGCGUUCACCUAAAGCGGUGCUUCUUACUCCAAUGUUUGUCGGAGCUCGUUGUUUCGUAUCCCACCUGUAAAAUCGACGUCAUCAAUGCGACUCAAAAGCGAUUGAAAGGAACACCGCACAAAGGAUCGUCAGGCCGUAAUCCGUUCCUGAAUCAUCUUCUGCAUGAUCUCCUUCCCCAUUCGAUCAAAGCCCAAACGGAAUCACCACUUGACUUGGCCAUUCUGACCCCUGAACUACAGAAGGACUUCAUGGAAAGCCAGUGGACAAUCAGCGUUAUUUCUGGACUCUGCUUGGGCGUUACAGCGGAUCUUGCGGAAGAGCGGAAAUUGUACCCAGAUCUGGCGCAUGUCAGGCGCUGCGUAUUGGAUGUUAUCGCACGAUUCCUGAAGGAUGCUGUUAACCAUGCCGACGUUCCUACACAAGUGCGAUACUCGAGGUUCUUCGCGGCAAGCGACCUAUGCUUCAAGCUUCUGACGGCACGUGGUCCCGCGAGAAGCACGACUUCGCCAGCAGCAGCAACACCGGAGAUGGAUGACAUCCCGACCCAUUUGGCUCGCGCAAUGAUGGAGAAAGGAUUCGUGACGCUGCUGACUCAGGUCCUUGCGGAAAUCGAUUUACAUCAUCCCGAGAGCAAGAGACUCGUUAGUGCAGUGCUCAAGCCGUUGGAACUGCUAACCAAGUUGGCCAUCAAAUUGGGCAAGACUGUGGAAGCUCGUUCCACGGUCAAGGCCGAUGCUGGUGGUGCAAGCGCUGGCGGGGUCGUCCCAAUGGAGGAGACUAACACUGAGCUUUCGGACAUGAUCCGCAACUCAGCGCUUGGGAUGUACAAUGCGCCCACAAGCGACGACGAGAUGGAUGAGGGCUCCACAGGUGACUCGGAAGAUGAGGAUGGUUACGACGACUUCUCAGAAGAUGACCUCACUGGUGACGAAGAUCUUGACGAUGAAGAGGGAUCUGAUGUUGACGACGAUAUGGAAAUUGUUAUGCCGCAACCUUACCAGGGGAACCCAGACCCUUCGACAGAGGACGAUGAGGAUGAAGAUGACGAUGAUGAUAUGGACGACGACAUGGAUGACGACUUAGGCGAUGAAGAAUUCGACGAUGAUAACGAAGACGACAUUGUUGAGGAAGGGGAUGAACCCGAUGAGUCCGAUGCCGAAAUGUCCUGGGACGACGGUCAUGUCGAGUAUCAUGAUCUGACCCCAGACCGGAGAGUGUCAGAGGCACAUAGUGAUGCCCACCAACACGAUCAUCUUAUGGACGCACUGGCUCCUGAGCGGGCUCGUUUAGGUCAUGACGAAGCUCACGAGGAAGCCGACCAAAUGGAUUCUGAUGGAGACGCUCCCGAAGUCAUUGACGAUGAAGACGAAGACUCCGAGGAGGAGGACGAGGACAUGGUUGAUGACAUGUACGACGACGACAGAUUCGUCGAUGGGGAGGAGGAAGAGACUGCAUUCUUUCCUGUCGGGGGUGGCCCGGGAUUGGCACAUCGAGGAUUCGGCCUUCUUCAGCAUUCGCGCGGGUCUCGGCCUAGGCGAAUCGCCAGAAGACAAGUGAUGGAAGUGGAUAUGACUCCGGGAGGAGGUGUUGACAUCCACUGGGUGCCGGAAGACGGAAACAUCCAGUACGUGGAUGGAGGUGAUUUCCAGGUGUUAGGAAGACCACUUGGAAUGCGUCAAACGGGCAACGAAGACAUCAUGACGCAUCCACUCCUGGUGAACCAAGCUCCUGCUCCAACAGCCGAGGCGCGCUAUGGGAUCACCGACCGCGCUCGCGGCCCUGCAAGCAUUCGCGCGGGUGACGUACUUGAUUGGCAAGCGUUCGACAACAUGAUAGGAGGGAACGCUCUGCAAAUCCUCGAGCAGCUAUUUGCUCGAACUGGAGCUGCAUCUCAAUAUCGGGUGGAGGUUCCUGGGUUGCCUGACAUGACUGGUAGCAUCGCCGCUGGUGGCUUAGUAGCAGGUCUACCACUACCGGGGAGAGCUGCAACGCUACCGGUUUCGACACCUGUGGCCGAAGGUAGCAACUCGCAAGAGCAGAGCGUUCAGCGCACAGCGUUUGAGGAGAGGAUUGCUGUCAUCCACGGCUUCGCUCCGUUAGGUACUAGUGAGCGCUGGUGGCAGGAAGCUCGGUUGAUGUACGGCACUUCCGUCAAUGACAAAGGCAUCAGGGCAGUGGAUGCGGUUGUCGAGGCACUCAAACCAGCUGCAAUGGAGGCGGCACAAAAGAGGAAAGAGAAAGAAGAGAUCGAGAAGAAGCGACGGGAAGAAGAAGCCGCCAAGCGGAAAGAAGAGGAGGAACGGAAGCGGAAGGAAGAGGAGGAACAGGAGCGUUUGAAGAAAGAAGAAUUGGAACGGCAGAAACGCGCUGAAGAAGAGGCUACCGCCGCAAGUCGGGUACAAGACGAAGCGCACCCAUCCGCGGCCCCGGAUAUCCCAGCCGAGCCUGAAGUACAGGAAGCAAGUGCCAGCCAGGAGUUACGAAUCGACACAAAUGCUGCUCCACCAGAACGAGUGAUAGUAACUGUUCAUGGCAAUCCAGUAGACAUCACAGGGUCCGGGAUCGAUGUAACCUUUUUGGAGGCGCUACCGGACGAUUUGCGUCAGGAGGUCAUCAAUCAACACCUCGGAGAACAACAGCGCUCUCAACGAGCUACUACUGUUCCACCGACCAUCAGCUCAGAAUUCCUAGAUGCUUUACCGGCGGACAUUCGAGACGAGGUACUGGCGCAGGAGCGGAGAGAACGAGAGCGGCGCGAAAGAGCUAGUCAGCCAGCUGCGGCAACUACGAGUGCUGGGCCAAUGGAAAUAGAUCCUGCCAGCUUUUUGGCGACAUUGGAUCCCUUACUACGACAAAGUGUUCUGCAGGAAUCAGACGACGGCUUUUUGGCCACUUUACCGCCAGGAUUGGUUGCGGAAGCCAAUGCUUUCCGAGGACAUCGCGCUCGAAGCCGAUUUGCAGCGUCACAGCAGGCGCGAUCUUUAGCAGCUGGAUUGUCAGCUACUGGUCAACCUUCCGCUCUACCGGGCAAACGGCCUGGUCAUCGCGAAGCCGUCCACUUACUCGAUAAAGCCGCUCUGACAACACUGAUCCGUAUGCUUUUCUUGCCAGAGAACGUUGGCAAACAGCUGAUUCACAAGACGCUUGUCAAUCUUUGCGAGAACUCCAAGACGCGAUUGGAUCUCAUAUCUCUCUUCCUGUCGAUUUUGGUGGAGGGAAGCACGGACUUGGCGUCUGUGGAUAGAAGUUUCGCGCAGAUGUCCAUCAGAGGGAAGGGGAAGUUCGCCCUUACACCGAAGAAAGGACCAGCUACUCCUACUCCGCCAACCACCGCGGGAACCCAGGGAGAAAACGGUCCAAAUAUCGUCGCGCAACGAUGUUUGGAGGCCCUCACCCAGAUGGUCACCUACAAUGAGGGUGUGGCACGCUUGCUCCUGGUGGAGAAUGAGAUGCUAGCCAACAACCCGUUCAAGACGCCGAAAAAAGGCAAGGGCAAAGAGAAGGUCACCGACAACAGAUAUCCCGUAGUCGUCCUCCUCAGCCUUUUGCAACGACCGACGUUUUUGAACAGCGCUGAGUUGAUCGAACAGCUUAUGCAUAUCAUAUCCAUCAUUCUGCGCUUGUCGACCAUCAUGACGCAAAAGGCGAAGGAAGCGAGAGCUGAACAAAAAGCCACGGACAGCACAUCGCCGACUGUUCUUCAGGAUGUCAGUUCAGUUCCAGCUAGUUCUUCAACGGCCCCUCCUCCAGAGGAACCUAUUGUUCGAGUUGAAGCACAACGGCCAACCCAAACACCGAAGAAGCCUACCAACAGCAGUGUCACAGAAUUCAAGCCACCCUCCAUACCGGAGCAGUACGUGUCAGCUGUAGUCAAAGUCCUCACGACCGCAGUAUGCUCUGGCAAAACAUUCCAAUACACACUGUCUGUGGUCCAACAUCUAUGUUCCUUAGCAAACAACCGUGAGAUCAUCACGCGCGAGCUCACCUCGGUCGCUCAGGGUCUCGGCGAUGCUAUGAUCCCCGAUGUCGAUGAACUGAUCGUCGUCCUUCAAUCCGCCAGCACUGCAGUUGAGGUUCAGAGUGCAACUCUUGGGAAGUUCUCACAUGCCGGUGCCCUUCAAGCAAAGUUGCUUCGAGUCUUGAAGACGAUGGACUUCAUUCACACGAAACACGGGCGACACCAGGAGAAACAGGCAACGAAUGCCCCUCGCCCCGCACCUUCAGCUGCAGAUGCCACUCCAGGGACAGGAGAGGCGUCCGCCGUUCAAUCAGAUCAGCAGGAGUCGCCAGUGGCCUCCGAAAAAGACAAGGAGAUCGACUUGGAAACCAAGUUGACAACCAUGUACGAUUCCCUUCAGCUGCCGAAGCUCUGGCAGAGAUUGGGAGCUUGCCUGAGCAUCAUCAAUGAGAAAGAUGCACUCAUUCAUGUCGCUACUGUACUCCUUCCGGCCAUCGAGUCUUUCAUGGUCGUUUCCAAGCCGUAUGUGAUGAGGAAGAAGCCAGUGGUUGCUGCCACGACGGUUCAGACACCAGCUUUGAGCAGGGUCCCUACGCAUCAAUCCGCGGAUCUUGCGAAAAACAACGAGGAGCUUUUCGUUUCUUUCACAGAAGAGCAUCGGAAGAUCCUGAACACAAUGGUCCGGAAUAGCCCGUCGUUGAUGAGUGGCUCUUUCUGCCUUUUGGUGCAAAACCCGAAAGUACUGGAAUUCGAUAACAAGCGCACGUACUUCAACCAGCAGCUGCAUAAGCGAACAAGUCGGGACCACUACGGGAGUCUGCAGAUUAACGUCCGGCGGCAGUACGUCUUCGAAGAUUCCUAUCACCAACUGCAAGGCAGAUCCGGGGAUGAGAUCAAGUUCAGCAAGCUGAACGUACGGUUCUAUGAAGAGGAAGGCGUGGAUGCCGGCGGAGUCACCCGGGAAUGGUUUUCGGUUCUCGCUCGUCAGAUGUUCAACCCUGACUACGCUCUGUUCCGUCCCUCCGCCGUGGACAAGGUCACCUACCAGCCUAAUCGACUCUCUGGUAUUAACCCUGAUCACUUGUUGUACUUCAAGUUUGUUGGUCGCGUCAUUGGAAAGGCUAUCUACGAUGGAAGAUUAUUGGAUGCAUACUUUACCAGAUCAUUCUACAAAUCGAUGAUCGGCGCCCAAGUUGACUACAAGGACAUGGAGGCCGUUGACCCAGAGUUCCACAAAAGUCUUGAGUGGAUUUUGCAGAACGACAUCACCGACGUGCUUGAUCUGACGUUCAGCACUGAGAUCGACGAGUUCGGGAAGAAGCAGACAAUUGAUCUCAAACCGGAUGGUCGUAACAUCCCUGUGACGGAGCAGAAUAAGCACGAAUACGUCAAGCUCGUCGUGAACCAGCGUCUCGUUACUGCCAUUCACUCGCAAAUCGAGGCCUUCCUUGGCGGUUUCCACGACGUCAUUCCCAAAGAUCUCGUCAAAAUCUUCAAUGAGCAAGAGUUGGAGCUAUUGAUCUCUGGCAUGCCUGACAUCGACAUCGACGACUGGAAGAACAACACCGAGUACCGAAACUACACCGCUUCUAGUCCACAAGUUCAGUGGUUCUGGCGGGCUGUCCGAAGUUUCUCGCAGGAGGAGCGUGCCAAGCUGGUGCAAUUCGCCACUGGCACCAGUAAAGUGCCCCUGGAAGGGUUUGCCGAAAUCCAAGGGUCAAGCGGAACGCAAAAGUUCCAAAUACAUAAGGACUUCGCCUCUUCCGAUCGAUUACCCAGCGCCCACACCUGUUUUAACCAAUUGGACCUCCCUGCGUACGAAACAUAUGACCAACUUCGCGCAAGUUUGCUACUAGCAAUAUCGGAAGGUGGCACUGGUUUCGGAUUCGCUUGAUCAGAAUGCACUCUACGGCGUCGUUAAGCGGUAUCAUUCAGGCGGUAUCCUUCAGAAAAGCACAGACGGGCCAUAUCCCGUAAUUCAAUAUGUGCAUGUAGAUAGUUUAGCUUCUCUAGCAUGAUGUAUUUGCUUAAAGGUCUAAGAUCAUCAGCGUCUAAUGCCUUGCUGAAACAACUGCUGCGAUCUACCAUGUCUAGUUGGGCAGUAUCCGCCACCCGAGUACCUAUCCGAGUAGUCACAACAGUCGCCCUCUAUCCCCAAUGAGGCUAUUCGGAGCUGUCCGACCC